UACCCCGUCCUCCAAUAUACCCCGUCAUCACCUUUCUCAAGUAGUAGUAAUACCCCCGUCCUCCAAUAUACCCCGUCAUCACCUCUCUCCAGUAGUGGUAAUACCCCAGUCCUCCAAUAUACCCCGUCAUCACCUCUCUCCAGUAGUAGUAAUACCCCCGUCCUCCAAUAUACCCCGUCAUCACCUCUCUCCAGUAGUGGUAAUACCCCCGUCCUCCAAUAUACCCCGUCAUCACCUUUCUCAAGUAGUGGUAAUACCCCAGUCCUCCAAUAUACCCCGUCAUCAUCUCUCUCCAGUAGUAGUAAUACCCCCGUCCUCCAAUAUACCCCGUCAUCACCUCUCUCCAGUAGUGGUAAUACCCCAGUCCUCCAAUAUACCCCGUCAUCAUCUCUCUCCAGUAGUAGUAAUACCCCCGUCCUCCAAUAUACCCCGUCAUCACCUCUCUCCAGUAGUGGUAAUACCCCAGUCCUCCAAUAUACCCCGUCAUCAUCUCUCUCCAGUAGUAGUAAUACCCCCGUCCUCCAAUAUACCCCGUCAUCACCUCUCUCCAGUAGUGGUAAUACCCCAGUCCUCCAAUAUACCCCGUCAUCAUCUCUCUCCAGUAGUAGUAAUACCCCCGUCCUCCAAUAUACCCCGUCAUCACCUUUCUCAAGUAGUGGUAAUACCCCAGUCCUCCAAUAUACCCCGUCAUCACCUUUCUCAAGUAGUGGUAAUACCCCAGUCCUCCAAUAUACCCCGUCAUCAUCUCUCUCCAGUAGUGGUAAUACCCCCGUCCUCCAAUAUACCCCGUCAUCACCUUUCUCAAGUAGUGGUAAUACCCCAGUCCUCCAAUAUACCCCGUCAUCAUCUCUCUCCAGUAGUAGUAAUACCCCAGUCCUCCAAUAUACCCCGUCAGCAGUUCUCUCCAGUAGUAGUAAUACCCCAGUCCUCCAAUCUACCCCGUCAUCACCUUUCUCAAGUAGUAGUAAUACCCCCGUCCUCCAAUAUACCCCGUCAUCACCUCUCUCCAGUAGUGGUAAUACCCCAGUCCUCCAAUAUACCCCGUCAUCAUCUCUCUCCAGUAGUAGUAAUACCCCCGUCCUCCAAUAUACCCCGUCAUCACCUUUCUCAAGUAGUGGUAAUACCCCCGUCCUCCAAUAUACCCCGUCAUCACCUUUCUCAAGUAGUGGUAAUACCCCCGUCCUCCAAUAUACCCCGUCAUCACCUUUCUCAAGUAGUGGUAAUACCCCAGUCCUCCAAUAUACCCCGUCAUCAUCUCUCUCCAGUAGUAGUAAUACCCCCGUCCUCCGAUAUACCCCGUCAACAGUUCUCUCCAGUAGUAGUAAUACCCCGUCCUCCAAUAUACCCCGUCAUCACCUUUCUCAAGUAGUGGUAAUACCCCAGUCCUCCAAUAUACCCCGUCAUCAUCUCUCUCCAGUAGUAGUAAUACCCCAGUCCUCCAAUAUACCCCGUCAGCAGUUCUCUCCAGUAGUAGUAAUACCCCAGUCCUCCAAUCUACCCCGUCAUCACCUUUCUCAAGUAGAAGUAAUACCCCCGUCCUCCAAUAUACCCCGUCAUCACCUCUCUCCGGUAGUAGUAAUACCCCGUCCUCCAAUAUACCCCGUCAUCUCCUCUCUCCAGUAG